UGAGAUCCUUUGUGCGUCUGCAGGCUGCUUCGGCUCAGGGAAACCCCACUCCUGGGCGAUGUCGGCGUGGCCCCAAGUGCCGAUUUGGUCAAAGGGAACUAGACGGCCCAAGGUUCGAUUCACGGCUGCUCUGGCCACUCUCAUAUGUGUGGUGCCGGUGUUUUCAGAGGGGACUCCCAGCAGCCGACUUUGCGAUGCUGUAGCUGCUAGUGCCGCUGCAGAGGAGCGGCAGGGACAUCAGCUUCUUCAAGUGACAUCCAGAGAGUUGCGCAUGCAGGAGCGGGAAGCCGUCAACGAAACAGCGGCCGAGGACUCUGUGGGCGGCGCAAACUUGCAGUUUAUCCACAUCCCAUGCACAUUUGGACACACAGUCGAAGAGGCUGGUGCUGGCGGGCUUUUGGCUGCCCUCCUGAAUCUGGAGGGGCAUGAUGCCGCGAGGUGGGGGGAGCUCCACCCCGGGCUUCAGGGCAUCUCUAAGAUCACAGGCUGCAACCUGUUUUACACGCCCCCCAAGUACUGGCCCAGUGAGACCGCCGAGCUUCUGCGGAAUCAGACGCUUUUCUCCAUGCUGAGAGAUCCGUAUGAUCGCUUGGCGAACGAGUUCCGCAUGCAGGUUGGAAACACAGACUCCGCAUAUUUGUUGCUAACUCGGUCUGACAUCUCUGCACGAGAAGGAAAUUUGGAGCGAGAAGGGGAAGAGUAUCAGCGCUUCUACCGAGAAUGUGACGUUAACGGCUACCUGCAGGUAGAGCUGCGGAAGUAUUUGGCCGGGGACCGCUUCAGGGGUAACUGCCAUCUCCUGCCGUCGUCAGAGUUUGCGUCGACUCCCUAUGGGCCGGUUGAGUGGAUUGAUGAGCGCUUCAUCCCUGAUAGUUUCGAUCGGUACAUGGAGUCCCACAAAGCCAAGCCACGCAUGACCAUGCCGUUGCACAACGUUUGGUGCAACGACAUCUCUGCGUACUCGCUGAAUGAGGAGACAAAGCAGCUCAUCAGACAGGUUUAUGCGGCAGACUUUGAGCUGAUCUGCAAGACCUUCGGCCACUGCGACAAGGAGGAGAUGUUUUGUCACGAGAACAUCCCGAACAUGUGCGGCUCGAAGCCGUGAGAAGGGCCUGGCUGCCAUUUCUGCCUGGGCCGAUGCAGUACGUCGUGGGCGUUGGUGGCUUCUUCGUGCUUUUGGCUUUUCUGAUGAAGGCAAUGAUUGCCUUCUGAGACGGAUGGAACAAUUGCAUAUGGCAGUUGCCUUGCAGCUUUCCUCCAGGUAGUGCACUCAUUGCAUAGCCUUUUGGGCCGAGACCAUUCAUAGGCCAAGAUGAGGUUGACAGGUUGACAAGACCUGCAACUGCAUCUUAUGAUUUUUGGGACCAUUUGCCUGCAAUUCAUGGUGAACGACGUGGCAGACCAUUGCGACU